AGUUAUAAUUAGAAAUUAUCACGUUUUGAAAUUGGUUAUAACAGGAAAACAUUUACUUCUAUGAGAAAAGGAACUGAAAUACUAACAACACACGACCAAAAACAAAGUUACUACCAGAAAACACGUAAAUGCAGCUUGCUUGAUCAUAAACAGGAUGACAAAUGCAUUCUAACAACAAAAUAAUCAUGUCAAGUGAUUGAAGAUGGUAGCAGGACACAGCAUGCAGUGCCGCUGUCCAUGGUACUGAAAGUAAACAUCUCGAUUACCUGUGUAAUAGGAUGAUUUGAAAACAAAUGUGUUGUAUUAUUCAAAAGAAAGAUCAGUAAACGUUUGAGAAAACCCAAUAUUAGCUAAAAGUUAACUAUUUGGGGGCUUUUUUAGGGAGAUCUUUUCUGGAACGCCGAGUUCUGGAACACUUCCCUCACAAGUUAAUUACUAGCCAUGGAUUAAAUAUCUUGUUCUCACAAAUUAAUACAUUGUGGCCACAGAUUAGUAAUUCAUGACCACAAUUUAUUUGUUUUUUCUUAAUGUCGCUAGACUAGGCAUUGUGGAUUUCUAUGUAAUUGUAGCAAAUUAAAGUUUUAAAAAGUGAAGAUUGCAUGGACUGCUGCAACUAGCUGUUAUUGGCUCAAGUCCUUAAUGGAUAUAAACAUUCAUUUUCCAAUAAGAAGGCUCUUUGGAAAGUGUCUUCUUUAUAACAGAAGCUGCAUGGUGGCGCAGUGGUUAGCACUGUUGCCUCGCAGCACGAAGGUUGCAGGUUCGAAACUCGGCUCGGCUACGGCCUUUCUGCGUGGAGUUGCGUGUUCCCCCCAUGCAUGCGUGGGUUUCCUCCGGGUACUCCGGUUUCCCCCACAGAUCACAACAUGCCCUAUAAGUUAUGAAUUGUAAGUCGCUUUGGAUAAAAGCGUCUGCUAAAUGAAUAAACAUAAACAUAACAUUUACAAUAAAGCACCCAUCAAAUGGGUGAAAUAUCCCCAACAUGAGUGGGGAAACAGUGACUUGGACACUUAUUCCAACACAACACCAUGCUCAAAACAACCGCUGCCCAAGGAUCAAAAUAAAACUACAGUUUUUGCUUUUAUUUAGACGUGGCAUUUCCCGGCUUCUGUACAGCAUCUUUUUUUUCUGGUUACUUACCCAAAUAUAAACAAUGUGAAUGGUACCGUCCGUAUGGUGGAGACAGCACCCCCCGGUCUCCACCGUCUAUAAAAAUGGUACGGUCCUAACUCCACAAGCGCCUCUGAGAAGCUAAUUUACUGUAUUUCCAGCUCUGAACGUGUCGAAGCUCCGAAUCUCUCCGUGUCGCCCGGUGUCCGUGAACGAGCGCCAAGCUGGACCGGUACAUUAUGACCAUGUACAAGGGGAAGCGUCGCAACCAUCGCUACAUAAAUAUGGCAGGUGAGCCUAAACCAUACAGGCCUAAAGCGGGCAACAAACGGCCACUGUCAGCUGUUUACAGUGGUUAUGAAUUUGAUUAUGAAUACUACAGAGAUGAUUUCUACAGCAGGCUUUUUGACUACCAUGGCAGAGUGGCCCCCCCACCCAGAGCUGUGAUUCCUUUGAAGCGCUCCAGGGUGCUCGCCCCCUCCUCCCGCCGUGGGAAGACCUCCUUUCCUAUUAAAACAUCCUCCUCUUCCUCCUCUUCAUCCUCCAGAGCCCCUACGUCCUCCUCAGGCAUCAAACUGAAGACGGACCAGCUCCAGACGAUUAAACGGGAGCUCACUCAGAUUAAGGUGAAGAUCGACUCUUUACUGGGACGUCUGGAGAAGAUCGAGAAGCAGCAGAGAGUCGAGUCUGAGGCUCAAAGAAAGUAUGAGGACAACUGUGACUCCCUGCACGAGGAGUCCGUGUCGGAGACAGCAGAGAACUCUGGCGAGGAGGCCGGCGAGGGGGCGCUGGAUGUGGAGGCAGGGGAGAUGACCGAUGGAGGCGAGGACGACUACGAUGAGGAGGGAAGCCACCAUCUGAUAGAGAACCACGUAUCAGACAUCGACAACUGAGAUGAGGGCGAGGAAGUCAACUCCUGGCUGUAGGUUUUAGACUCCAUCUUCGCUUUCAAGGAUCUGUGAGGGAUCAAGAUGCCUAAUCAGGACUGUAAAGAGAUUCUGAAUCGUGUUUCCAAGCCUGCAGCACAAACCAAAUGAGAUGUGCUCUGUAAUGAAAAAAAUAAUAAUUAUAAGAAUAACUUGUUAGAAAAACACUGAAGUGGUCCUGAAAUAAUGAUUCUGACAGGGAGGAAGCAGGUUUAUAAAUAAAAGUCUAAAACACGAUGCUGAUGGGUUGUUGAUGCUUUUAUAAAAAUGUGCUUGCGCUGUAAUUUUUCAAUCUUUUUUCUUUUUUUGUUGUUUUUGUUCAAGUAUCAAAUUAAUUCAAAUGAGAGCGACCUGCGACUGCGGAGCGGUGUUCAGAGAAUAACAGAAAUAUGGCUGCCAUCUGGUUUUGGAUUAGACUCGUGCAUAAAAACCAGUAGCUGUGAGCGAAAUGUUAUCCGGCUUUAUCCAUUUAUCACACAGAAUGCCCAGAGGGGCCGUUCCAUCAUGGACCACAACUCCUGCCAAGCUUGUGAAGCAGAGAGGGCUUCCUGUGGUGAAGAGCCAGCUCUGACACAGGAACUCCGCCCAGGGAGCAGAACCCCGGCAUCCUCCUGGUUCAGUCAGCAUGGAGCCAUGAUGCUGCUGCUGCACCCUUUUUAUUAUUAUUGUGCUCUGAUUUAAUCUCAGUGAUGAAACCUUGAACCUAAAAGGCAAAAAUCUAAAUGUAAUCUUUAAAAUGCUCUCUGAUUGGGUUUCCCGUUUCCCUUAAAUCACCAUCAUGUGCAGGUCUAAUAAACCUGAUUACUAAUAAAUUACUGCUAAUGAAAUUGUGUCUCUAACAAACUUCAUGUCAGCUUGUUCUCCGGUCCCGUGCUCGCUCCUGUUAUGGUUUUAUACUGGAAACCAGAUCUCCCAGCUGCUAGCAUCAAGUCAUCAGAUGAUAAAAUUCUUCUGAAAACAUCAUUUCGUACAAUUUUCAAACUUUUUUCUGCUUCUGUCUUUAAUUUAAUUUAUUACUUAAUGAACUGAUGCAUCUUGUGUUCUGAAUUAUGAUUUUAAAAGUCAGCACUGAUUAUUAGUCAUUAAUGUGUGUGUACCUGUGUUUUAUGGUGUACGUUUACGGGAUUGUUUUAGCGAAAACUGGCCUGAUAAAUAAAUAAAGCAUCAAGAUUUUGAGACAUUGAUAAAGUAUGCUUUUUGUACAAUCUAGACAAUUUAAUUUAAUGUUCAGGGUUUAAUUUGAACCAGAGGUGCAUUGAUCAUUCAGCCAUGACCAGAAUAAAGCAGUUUUUAAUUUACUGGAACUUUAAUAUUUAAAGCAGUAAUCCAGAGUUUUUCCUAUUUAAGUAUCCAUGUAUGAUUUUUUUAGAAAUCUGUAAAAGUGAUAGGCUCAUCCCUUGUGCUGAUAAAAUGUAGGAUAAGCCCUCCACCAUCCCUUAAAGCCCGCUCAGCAUUAGGCAGUAGCGUUAGACAUCUGCUGAUGUACAGAUAUCAGUCACAGAGGGUUCACGAGCAUUAGCAGAAAUCUGAUGCAGAGUUGGUGACAUUUCUUAUGGAGGAGUAAGGCUUUGAAAAAAAAGAUGUGUGUUGACGAACAAUAGGGGAACCACGUAAUUUGGGAUAGGGGCUAAUGUGCAAUACAUUGUUCCACCUCUAGGUGGUGGCCUCCGAUUAUUAAAAACUUCAGAAUUCUGUUUUAACCAGUUUGGAGUAAAAAGAAAAUCUCUUUUGCAAAAGUGCCCUCUUCAAGUUGGAAGCAAAAAGUUUUUUUUUUUUUUUUACCACUAGCCAAGCAGCUAAUUUCCUAGCAGUAAUUAGUGUUCAUUGUUUUUCUAUUGCAUGGAAAAUUCUGCAGAUGCACCAAAGGUGUGAAAAUACAUUUUUCCACAUGAGCUCUAAAAUCAGAAUUGAAAAUAGUCAAUUCCUUUUUUCAGAUGGGGUAUUCAUGCUGAUAUUUGUUCAUUAACCUGGAGGAUGUUAUUUUACUUUGAAUAUUUUAUUUGACACAUUAAUCUUCACUUCAUCCAGAAAUUAUAAAACCAUAUUUAUUGUUAAAUAUUUCUCAGAAUUGGCCUAGAAAAACUGUGAUUGCUGCACCUCUAACCUAAAACAUCAGACUUUCAGUUUUUUUUUAAUUACUCUUCUUCAUUUAAUCUUGAAAAUUAUGUGUUGUAAUUUAUAUUUGCAUUAAACAUUUAAUCCCUAUUAUAACCCAAUGUUACUAAUACGUUUCUGGGAAAUCUGAGCCACUGGGGUUAAAUCGUUGUGCCCCUUCAAAAUAAAUGUCUGGUAAAUUAUGUUAUAUUGUAAUAUUUAGCACUAUUUUUGUAUCCAAAAGGAGCAAAGCUCUGAUUGAUGUUUACUUGUUUUUCCAACAGUAGCGUGACGUGUCUGCACUCACACUCAGAACAAACCUUUCAGCUGUCAUUGUUUAUCUGGGUCGAUUUGGAACGUUUACCAUAAAAAAUCCCGUCACGUUUAUUUCACAGCAACUCUGCCGUUUUAAUGCCGUUCUGACUGUUUGAUGAAACCAGAGUCAUGGGACUCGUAGAGGUGUGUAAGUGACAACUGUUGUAUAGAAAUGUACAUUUAUUUGUAAAGAUAUUUUUAUCAAACGGCAUGUUUACUGUAACUUUGUAUUUUCAGUUUUCAUGUCUGGAAAAGAAAAGUAUUCUAACUGUUGUAGGGCUAGAGGAGUCACUGUCAUUGUAGAUAAUUAUUUGUGUUCUUAUUAGUCAAUAAAAAUGUUUGUGUCAUACUUAA